AUGCGACAAGAGAACUCAAAGAGAAAGAGGAGAGGUGGUACUAUGUUCUCUGCAGAGGGCAUCCAACGGAUUUGCGUUCUCAAGACGCUGAUUGAGAGGCGCCCUGAGAUCCCGGACGAUGCCCUGGUGAUCUUCUCCGACUUGGACGAGGUACCGUCGGCCAAAGCCAUCCAGAUGCUGAGGGUUUGCAAGUCCCUGCCAGCAGCGAAGGAGGGACCUUGGAUCCAAGAGCACUACCCAAUGCCCUAUAACCUGCGGGUCGGAUGCAAAGCCAAAAGAGGGACGCAGCUGCAUAUGCAAGGGGUUUUUGUCACAAUGGGCUUCUUGCGCAGAAAAAAAACUUUGGCUUUAAGGUACAAUGUGCGCCAGAAUCGCAUAGUGCCGAAGGCUGGUAUUCAUCUUACCUAUGCAGGAUCCAGGGCUGAUGUGGACUACAAGCUGUUGCAUCAUGGAGAGAGUGGGCAGAUCUUGGCAAUGAAAGCUACCCCCAAAGGCAAACGGCUGAAUUUUUGCAAGGUGGAUCAGAAAACCGUUCUGGACAUGGAGCAGCUACUUCGGGACAAUCCUGUCUCUGUUGCAAGGGCCUGGGAGAGAAGAGGACCGGAAGUACCUCGAGGUCGAAGACGUUUCGGGGACCCGGACGAUGUGGACCCAGACCUUGGAAUGAGACAGGCGGCCCAGGCACUCAGCCAGAUGGAGGCCCAUAGGGCUGGUGGACAUCUUCUGGGCCUGCAGGAGAUCUCGGAGAAUUACUUGGUAGUCUUGGCAAAUUUGGAGAAGCGAUUCUCCACUUGGAAUCCCCAGGAUCUGCAGAGCGAGUGGCUAGCCACGCAGCAGGAGCUCAGGGCAGUGCAAGAGGAAUAUGCUCUGGUGGUCGAGCAACGUCUAGAUAUGGAGCAGCGUCAAGCUGAGUUGGUUGAGACGCGACAAAAGUUGCUUGAGGAACUCGAGUACUGGCGAGAUGCCCCAAAACGGGGAUGCAGCAUCUCGUAG